AUGAGCCGAAGAAACGGACAGAAGCUGGACCUGAAGCUGAACCUGUCUCCACCAAGGGCAAGCCUGAGCCAUCAUAUUCCUCGAGCCGAGCCACAAAGCCGUUCCCCAACCGUGUCCCCGCCCAGCUCAUGCGUCUCGUCGGAGCCGAGCCAGCUUGACGGCUACUCGACUAGCCCAGAUCAAGCCACUUCAUCAAUGAUGCUGGUUGGUUGCCCUAGAUGCCUCAUGUACGUUAUGCUAGCUGAAGAAGAUCCAAAAUGCCCUAAAUGCAAAAGCUCUGUUUUGCUUGAUUUCAUCCAUGAUAACAACACCACCACCGCCACUAACACCAGAAAGUCGAAGAACAAGAGUUAA